GCUAUAGGUUAAAGGUCGGGCGGAAGUUCUCUAAGCUUCCGGCCGCCGGCUUGGAAAAGAGUUAUGGCUAAACAUCAUCCAGAUUUGAUUUUCUGCCGCAAGCAGGCUGGUGUGGCUAUCGGAAGACUGUGUGAAAAAUGCGAUGGCAAAUGUGUGAUCUGCGAUUCCUACGUGCGCCCCUGCACCCUAGUUCGCAUAUGUGAUGAGUGUAACUACGGAUCUUACCAAGGCCGGUGUGUGAUCUGUGGGGGUCCCGGAGUCUCAGACGCCUACUAUUGUAAAGAGUGCACCAUUCAGGAGAAGGAUAGAGAUGGUUGCCCAAAGAUUGUCAAUUUGGGGAGCUCUAAGACAGACCUGUUCUAUGAACGCAAAAAAUACGGCUUCAAGAAGAGGUGAUGGGGGGUGGGUGGCUCCUUCCUCCCCCAUCAAGCUGCUGCCGCUGCCAGAACAGACGCCCACUACCAGCAACAGAAAGGGAACAGAGCAAGAGUCAGCAGCACAGCCUGCUGGUGCUUACGUCCUGACCCUGCCACCAGCGAGCGCCCACCGAGACUCUAGCAGACUGCAGGAGGCAUUGCUCACUCAGUCCCUAGUUUCCUUUUUGUUUUUAGUUGGAAAACAAGGCUCUGUUCUUCAAAUUUUUCCUUUCAACUCAAAAGCUCCAGAACAAGUCCGCGUGUGGCCUUGAUGAUGAAACUGUCACGGCAGAAGUGUGGUCUUGCAGCAGCUAUGUGGGGUCCUGUGACCGGCAGUGUGGCCAGUUGUCAUCAGAACAAUAAUGUAACCUUACAUUUCUUGGUGGUGUUGGGUUCAUGUUAUUUUCCUUAUAAAUUGGAAAUUUCUGUUAUGCUAAUAAAGGUGCCAUUAACUUUGA